AUGCUGUCUGCGGCUGGAGGAUGUGUACUCUCAACGAUCACUCGUGUGAAGACGGCCUGGAAUAAAUUCAGGGAACUAUUGCCUGUUCUCUCUUCCCGUCAUCUUUCCUACAAGACCCGUGGCAGGUUGUGCAGUACAUAUGUGCGUAGAGCAAUGCUGUACGCAAGUGAGACGUGGCCCUUGCCAAAACCAGACCUCCUUCGCCUACGACGAAAUGACAGAGCCAUGGUCAGACAGAUUUGCAGGGAGAAGAGGCUACGCUGGUUUGGGCAUGUUGCUAGAUCCAGUGGGGCAAUCAAUAAUGUCUUCAAAAUGAAAAAAGAGGGAGGACAACCAAAGAUGACCUGGAAAGCACAGUUAGAAAAAGACCAGCGUGAGUGGGGACUUCGUGAUGUUAACCCAUUGGAUAGAGAUGCCUGGAAGUCAAAUGUUAGGUCUGUCAUGCGUGCAGCAAGCCAGUUACCUGGAAGGGAGCCUACUGCUGUGGAAGAUGCACCUAAUCCUGCACGUUAA